AAGUAAGCAAAGAAGUAUCUUUACUCAAGUGGUUAAAUGUUUAUUUUUACGAUUUUUAUCGGAAUUAGAUACUACUAAAUUACUGUUUUGCAUUGUGAGCUGGUUAUGGAUCGAUUAAACUGAUGAGAAAAAAAAUAUUGGUAAAUGGGCAAAUACAUAUUCAAAAUAGAGUUAUUCACGUACAUAUCUUUUGACUAAUAUAACUCCAAUGUAUGAACGGUGAUAAUUCUCAAAUGAGAUAAGAGAAACCAGUCAGAAAACAUUGAUGCUGAGUGUAUAUAAAAAUGAUUUAAGGAAAAUACUGCAAUUAAAAAUAUCUUAAAAUGCUAGAAUUCUACAAAACCAAUAAUAAUAAUUGACAGAAAAACAAGAAAACAAAACAAAAAAUAAGAGACACAUGCAUUGUCUAAAACAAAAAUACAAUUCUGUUGGCUAAGCACAGCUUAAAACAGCCAUGUUGAGAAGAAGAUUUGUCGGCGAUAAUACGCUACCAGAUCCCUUAAUCAACUUGAUUCCAAACCGAUAUUAUUUGCUAAAAAUAGUGUUUUAACAUUUAUUAUUAUUAUACAUUAAUGAUUGCAUUUUGUUUUUCUCUUACUCUGUCUUUCCUAACAUAAUAUUUUUAUUCUCCCACUGUCAAUUUCCUUCCUAUAUUCUUCUAUUAUUUUCCUUUUUUAAAUCAAUCUAUUAUGCUCAUAUAAGGCUGUCAUUUCGGCGUCAAUCUUCUUCCUUACCUUAUUUUUUUUUCCAUUUAUAAUAAAUUAAAUUUCUGUGUAUUAAAAAGCUUCUCUGUUGUGUAUUAAAAAGCUUCUUCUUCUCCUUCUCUCUUUCUCUGUGUUUGGUUACACUUGGCACGUAAGGUUCUUGCCUUUAUAGCUUUUUAUCAUCCGACAGCUUCAUUACAAAUAAAGAUGUCAGGUGCAUUAAUCUUGGUGUUGGCGUUAACCAGUUUGAUUCCGGUUUACGCAAAGACUCACGGCGCCGGAAGAAUAUGCGGCGAACAUGGGGGGAGGUCGUUGAGUACGAGACCGCACAGCGUCUCAAUCGCAGAGUUUGGAGCGGUUGGAGAUGGCAAAACGCUCAACACUCUCGCGUUUCAAAACGCAAUUUUCUAUCUUAUGUCAUUCGCCGACAAAGGUGGGGCCCAGCUCUACGUCCCUCCCGGAAAAUGGCUCACCGGGAGUUUCAGCCUCACCAGCCAUCUCACUCUCUUUCUCGAAAACGGCGCCGUUAUAGUUGCUUCUCAGGAUCCAUCGCAUUGGGGAGUUGUUGAACCGUUACCAUCAUAUGGACGAGGGAUUGAUUUGCCUGGGAAGCGAUACAAGAGUUUGAUAAGCGGUCAUAUGCUACAUGAUGUUAUUAUAACAGGUGAUAAUGGUACUAUAGAUGGUCAAGGUUUGGUUUGGUGGGAUCGGUUUACUUCUCAUUCCUUAAAGUACAACCGUCCUCAUCUCGUCGAGUUCAUUUCAUCCCAAGAUAUAACUAUCUCGAAUGUCACGUUUUUGAACGCACCGUGUUAUACAGUCCAUGCAAUAUACUCUAGCCAUGUAUAUAUUCAUAAGAUAUUGGCCCAUUCUUCUCCUGGAUCUCCUUAUACAAUCGGCAUUGUACCAGAUUCUUCUGAUAAUGUGUGCAUCCAAAACUCUACCAUCAACAUGGGGUACGACGCGAUUUCACUCAAAAGCGGUUGGGAUGAAUAUGGAAUCUCAUACUCACGUCCUACUGAAAACGUUCAUAUAAGAAACGUUAACCUUCAAGCAGCUUCUGGUUCAUCUAUCUCCUUUGGUAGUGAAAUGUCAGGUGGAAUAUCUCAUGUCGUGGUCGAUAACGCCUUUAUACACAACUCACUAACUGGCAUUGCCUUUAGAACCACAAAAGGAAGAGGCGGUUACAUCAAAGAGAUCGAUGUUUCGAAUAUCGAGAUGUCGAGGAUAGGUACUGCUAUUGUGGCUAAUGGUAGCUUUGGUUCUCAUCCGGAUGAUAAGUUUGACGCAAAUGCUCUUCCCAUAGUGAGUGGCAUUAGAUUAAGCAACGUUUCUGGAAUAGAUAUCGGCGUUGCGGGGGAGUUGUUUGGGAUCAAAGAAUCUCCGUUUAGGUCAGUGGCUUUGUACAAUGUUUCUUUGUCGAUGAACUCUGGUUCUUCUGGUGAUGUUUCUUGGAGUUGCUCUUACGUCUACGGGUCUUCUAAGCUCGUGACACCUGAACCGUGUCCCGAGCUUGUGAGAGUUGAUAAUGGUUAUGGUCAGGGGCGGACGUACGUUACGACUAACGGGGUCACGUGCCCCCUACUAAAUCUUGAUUUUCUUUAAGCAAUUGUAUUACAGCAAGCUCAAUUUCUAUAAAGGUGCCCCCUACUAACUCAAACCUUAGCUUGAUGCCCCCGACUAAUGCCUCUUCUAGAUCCGCCCCUGGUUAUGGUAGAGCUACAUUCUAAAAAGAAACAAGGGGAUUCUUUCUAGGACUCAUUCAUAUUGGUGAAGUUAGAAAAGGUCAGAUUCUUUUUUCACCCCAAAUAAACCAACAUGGUCUGACCUCAGACCAUGCAUGUUCCUUUCAGUCCGGUUUUGUUUUUUUUUUUAAGUUGUUUUGCAUAUUGUAAGAUGACAAAGUCUGUACAGGUUCAUUUUUUUUUAAUACAAUGUGUAAUCAAAGAAAUUUUGUUUUU